ACACGUAUAUAUAUGUAAAACACAGCUCUGGUAGUCUAGAGUACACGAUGGAUUUUUAUUAUAUAAAUGAUAUAAAGUAAUAAUAAUUCGUGCGAUUUCUAGUGUUAACAUAAGAAAUAUGUAUUUUAAUUAUAUUAUUUUGCGAAAUUCGACAAAAAAAAUUUAGAAGAAUAGGUUAAAAUCAAUAUAGCGUUUCAGUCUAAUCAAAGAACAAUAUUAAAUGAUAGGUUAUAUCAUAUCUGAGAUGUAAUCAACAAAAUUUUGUAUUACUCGAUUAUAUUUCAAAUCAAAAUAAGUUAUUUUUCUAGAAAUAAAAAUUAUACACCCAAGAUUUUUAUAUACAUCUUUUAUGAAAAUGGCGAAUAAACCAAAAGUUUUAAUUACACGACCGGAUAUUCCUGGUAAAGGAUUAAAUCUUCUCCACGAACAAUGUGAUGUUAUCUUGUGGAACAAGCAAACUCCUAUUCCUCGCUCAGAAUUAUUAUCGAAAGUGUCUGGAGUAUCUGCUAUAUUUUGUACAUUGACUGAUAAAAUAGAUGAAGAAAUAUUAAAUGCAGCAGGAGAACAAUUACAAGUAGUUGCUACAAUGUCAGUUGGUACAGAUCAUUUAGAUUUAAAAGCAUUAAAAAAUAAAAAUAUUAAAGUUGGAUAUACACCGGACAUAUUAACUAAUGCUACAGCUGAAUUAAUUGUAGGAUUGCUCUUAGCAACUUCCAGAAGAUUAUUGGAAGCAAAUAAAGCAAUCUAUAGAGGUGAAUGGAAAGCUUGGGCACCAACAUGGAUGUGUGGUACAGGAUUAUCAAAAUCAACUAUUGGUAUUGUUGGACUUGGUCGCAUUGGAUGUAAAGUAGCUGAGUGCUUAAAACCUUUUGAUGUAUCUAGAAUUUUAUAUACGAGUAGAACUGUAAAACAAGAUGCUUCUAAAUUUAAUGGAGAAAAAGUUGAAUUAGAUAAGUUACUCGAAGAAAGUGACUUUGUAAUAGUUACCAUAGCUUUAACUCCAGACACAAGAGAAUUAUUUAAUACUCAAGCAUUUGAAAAAAUGAAAAAAUCUGCUAUAUUUAUUAAUGCUAGUCGUGGAGAAGUUAUCAACCAAAAAUCAUUAAUAGAAGCUCUAAAAAAUGGUACCAUUAAAGCUGCUGGUUUGGAUGUCAUGACACCUGAGCCCAUUCCAUUGGAUAAUGAACUUUUAAAAUUAGAUAACUGCGUGGUUUUACCUCAUAUUGGAAGUGCUACUAUCGAAACAAGAGAAGAAAUGGCAAAAAUUACAGCAGAAAAUAUAUUAGCCGUUUUAAAAGGCGAUAAAAUGCCAGCACCACUUAAUCUAUGAAUUAAAUUAGAAACAUUUUAUAUUAAAAAUAUUAAUAUUUUUUAAAAUAACAUCAUAAUAAACAUUAAGUGUUAUUACACCAUUUA